GCGAGCUGCGACGCGGUGUAGUCAGACGGCAGUGGUCCGGGGAGGAGACAGCUCGCGUCCGAGCUUCUCUCUGCUCCUUCGCCGCAUCCACCGCCGCGCCCCGGCCUCCCGCCAAUCCUCGAUGCAGAGUUGGGCGGCCGCGUGAUGGGGUUGCGGAGCGGCGCCCUGCGGCUCCCGGCGGCCGCUGCUCGCGCUGAGGAACUUUGAACAUAACUUCAAAAGAAGAUUUGAUCUUUAUUUCUGGAUUGCAUCUAUAAGGCCACCAGAAUGUCGGGAGCCUCAGUGAAGGUAGCUGUUCGAGUAAGGCCCUUCAAUUCUCGAGAGACCAGCAAGGAGUCCAAGUGCAUCAUUCAGAUGCAAGGCAACUCGACCAGUAUUAUUAACCCAAAGAACCCAAAGGAAGCACCAAAGUCCUUCAGCUUCGACUACUCUUACUGGUCUCACACCUCGCCUGAAGAUCCCUGUUUCGCAUCGCAGAAUCGUGUAUACAAUGACAUUGGGAAGGAAAUGCUCUUACACGCCUUUGAAGGGUAUAAUGUUUGUAUUUUUGCCUAUGGGCAGACUGGUGCUGGGAAAUCCUACACGAUGAUGGGGAAACAAGAGGAGAGCCAAGCUGGCAUCAUUCCACAGUUGUGUGAAGAACUCUUUGAGAAGAUCAAUGACAACUGUAAUGAAGAAAUGUCUUACUCUGUAGAGGUGAGCUACAUGGAAAUUUACUGUGAGAGAGUACGAGACUUGCUGAAUCCCAAAAACAAGGGUAAUUUGCGUGUGCGUGAACACCCGCUUCUUGGACCCUAUGUGGAGGAUCUUUCCAAGCUGGCGGUCACUUCCUACACUGACAUUGCUGACCUCAUGGACGCUGGUAACAAAGCCAGGACAGUGGCAGCUACCAACAUGAAUGAAACAAGUAGCCGUUCCCACGCUGUGUUUACCAUUGUUUUCACUCAGAAGAAACACGAUACUGAGACGAACCUUUCCACUGAGAAGGUCAGUAAAAUCAGCUUGGUGGAUCUAGCAGGAAGUGAACGAGCUGAUUCAACUGGUGCCAAAGGAACUCGAUUAAAGGAAGGUGCAAAUAUUAAUAAGUCUCUUACAACAUUGGGCAAAGUCAUUUCGGCCUUGGCAGAGGUGGAUAACUGCACCAGCAAGAGUAAAAAGAAGAAGAAAACUGAUUUUAUUCCUUACAGGGAUUCUGUUCUUACUUGGCUCCUUCGAGAAAAUCUAGGUGGUAACUCUCGAACUGCAAUGGUUGCUGCUCUGAGCCCAGCAGACAUCAACUAUGAUGAAACUUUGAGCACUCUGAGGUAUGCAGACCGUGCAAAACAAAUUAAAUGCAAUGCUGUUAUCAAUGAGGACCCUAAUGCCAAGCUGGUUCGGGAGUUGAAGGAGGAAGUGACCCGAUUGAAGGACCUUCUUCGUGCUCAGGGGCUGGGAGAUAUUAUCGAUAUUGAUCCAUUGAUGGAUGAUUACUCUGGAAGUGGAGGCAAAUAUCUGAAAGAUUUUCAGAACAAUAAACAUAGGUACUUGCUAGCCUCUGAGAAUCAACGCCCUGGCAAUUUUUCCACAGCAUCCAUGGGGUCCCUUACUUCAUCUCCAUCUUCAUGCUCACUUAGUAGUCAGGUGGGCUUCACAUCUGUGACCAGUAUUCAAGAGCGGAUCAUGUCGACACCUGGAGGGGAGGAGGCCAUUGAACGUCUGAAGGAAUCAGAGAAGAUCAUUGCUGAGUUGAACGAAACCUGGGAAGAGAAACUUCGUAAAACAGAGGCCAUCAGAAUGGAAAGAGAAGCUUUGUUGGCUGAGAUGGGAGUUGCCAUACGGGAGGAUGGAGGAACACUUGGUGUUUUCUCACCUAAAAAGACUCCACAUCUUGUUAACCUCAAUGAAGACCCACUAAUGUCGGAGUGUCUGCUUUAUUAUAUCAAAGAUGGGAUUACAAGGGUUGGCCAAGCAGAUGCUGAGCGGCGCCAGGACAUAGUGCUGAGUGGGGCUCACAUUAAAGAAGAGCAUUGUAUCUUUCGGAGUGAGAGAAACAACUCUGGGGAAGUUAUCGUGACUCUAGAGCCGUGUGAGCGCUCAGAGACCUAUGUGAAUGGCAAGAGGGUGGCCCAGCCUGUCCAGCUGCGCUCAGGCAACCGUAUUAUCAUGGGUAAAAACCACGUUUUUCGUUUCAACCACCCUGAACAAGCACGAGCUGAGCGGGAGAAGACUCCCUCUGCUGAGACCCCCUCUGAGCCUGUGGACUGGACAUUUGCACAGAGAGAGCUUCUAGAAAAACAAGGAAUUGAUAUGAAACAGGAGAUGGAAAAAAGGCUACAGGAAAUGGAGAUCCUAUACAAAAAGGAGAAGGAGGAAGCUGAUCUUCUUUUGGAGCAGCAGAGACUGGACUACGAGAGUAAAUUGCAGGCCUUGCAGAAACAGGUUGAGACUCGUUCUCUGGCUGCAGAAACAACUGAAGAAGAAGAGGAGGAGGAGGAAGUUCCUUGGACACAGCAUGAGUUUGACUUGGCCCAGUGGGCCUUCCGGAAAUGGAAGUCUCACCAGUUUACCUCAUUAAGGGACUUACUCUGGGGCAAUGCAGUAUACCUGAAGGAAGCCAACGCCAUCAGUGUGGAACUGAAGAAGAAGGUACAGUUUCAGUUUGUCCUGCUGACUGACACGCUCUACUCCCCUCUGCCUCCUGAAUUACUUCCCACGGAGAUGGAAAAAACUCAUGAGGACAGACCUUUCCCUCGUACAGUGGUGGCAGUGGAAGUCCAGGAUCUGAAGAAUGGAGCAACACAUUAUUGGUCUUUGGACAAACUCAAGCAGAGACUGGAUUUAAUGCGGGAGAUGUACGACAGGGCAGGUGAGAUGGCCUCCAGUGCCCAAGACGAAAGCGAAACGACCAUGACGGGCAGUGAUCCAUUCUACGAUCGGUUCCACUGGUUCAAACUUGUGGGAAGCUCCCCCAUUUUCCACGGCUGUGUGAAUGAGCGCCUUGCCGACCGCACACCCUCCCCCACUUUUUCCACGGCCGAUUCCGACAUCACUGAACUGGCUGACGAACAGCAGGAUGACAUGGAGGAUUUUGAUGAUGAGGCAUUCGUGGAUGACACCGGCUCUGACGCAGGGACGGAAGAGGGAUCAGAUCUCUUCAGUGAUGGGCAUGACCCAUUUUACGACCGAUCCCCUUGGUUCAUUUUAGUAGGAAGGGCAUUUGUGUACUUGAGCAACCUGCUGUAUCCCGUGCCCCUGAUUCACAGGGUGGCCGUCGUCAGUGAGAAGGGGGAAGUGCGGGGAUUCCUGCGUGUGGCUGUGCAGGCCAUUGCAGCGGAUGAAGAAGCUCCUGAUUAUGGCUCUGGAAUUCGACAGUCAGGAACAGCCAAAAUAUCUUUUGAUAACGAGUACUUUAAUCAGAGUGACUUUUCUUCAGUUGCAAUGACUCGUUCUGGUCUGUCUUUGGAGGAGCUGAGGAUUGUGGAGGGACAGGGCCAGAGUUCUGAAGUUAUCACUCCUCCAGAAGAAGUCAAUCGAAUGAAUGACUUGGAGCUGAAGUCGGGCACUUUGCUGGAUGGGAAGAUGGUGAUGGAGGGAUUUUCCGAAGAGAUUGGCAACCACCUGAAACUGGGCAGCGCCUUCACUUUCCGAGUUACCGUGCUGCAGGCCAGUGGGAUCCUUCCAGAGUAUGCGGACAUCUUUUGUCAGUUCAACUUUUUGCACCGGCAUGAUGAAGCAUUCUCCACUGAACCCCUCAAAAACAAUGGAAGAGGAAGUCCCCUGGGCUUUUAUCAUGUACAGAAUAUUGCAGUGGAGGUCACUGAGUCAUUUGUGGACUACAUCAGAACCAAGCCCAUCGUAUUUGAGGUUUUUGGGCAUUACCAGCAGCACCCACUACAUCUGCAAGGACAAGAUCUUAACAGUCCACCUCAGCCUUCUCGGAAAUUCUUCCCACCACCCAUGCCACUCUCCAAACCAGUUCCAGCCACCAAGUUAAACACCAUGAACAAAACCAGCCUUGGGCAGAGCAUGAGCAAGUAUGACCUUCUGGUUUGGUUUGAGAUCAGUGAACUGGAGCCUACAGGAGAGUAUAUUCCAGCUGUGGUUGACCAUACAGCAGGCUUACCCUGCCAGGGGACAUUUUUGCUGCACCAGGGCAUCCAGCGACGGAUCACAGUGACUAUUAUCCAUGAGAAGGGCAGUGAGCUCCACUGGAAAGAUGUUCGUGAACUGGUGGUAGGUCGGAUUAGGAAUAAACCUGAGGUAGAUGAAGCUGCUGUUGAUGCUAUCCUUUCCCUAAACAUCAUCUCUGCUAAGUCCCUGAAGUCUUCCCACAACUCCAGCAGGACCUUCUACCGUUUUGAGGCUGUAUGGGACAGCUCCCUACAUAACUCCCUCCUUCUGAACCGAGUGACACCUUACGGAGAAAAGAUCUACAUGACCUUAUCCGCUUAUCUGGAGUUGGAUCAUUGCAUCCAGCCAGCCGUCAUCACCAAGGAUGUGUGCAUGGUCUUCUAUUCCCGAGAUGCCAAGAUCUCACCGCCACGUUCUCUGCGAAGCCUCUUUGGUAGUGGUUACUCAAAGUCACCAGACUCCAACCGAGUUACUGGAAUUUAUGAACUGAGCUUAUGCAAAAUGGCAGAUACUGGUAGUCCAGGCAUGCAGAGGCGGAGGAGAAAAGUCUUGGAUACGUCUGUGGCAUAUGUGCGGGGAGAAGAGAACCUAGCAGGCUGGCGACCUCGUGGAGACAGCCUUAUCCUGGAGCACCAGUGGGAGCUGGAGAAGCUGGAGCUGCUGCAUGAGGUGGAAAAAACACGCCACUUCUUGCUGCUUCGGGAGAGACUUGGUGACAGCAUACCCAAGUCUCUGAGUGACUCAUUGUCCCCCAGCCUCAGCAGUGGGACCCUUAGUACCUCGACCAGUAUGUCUUCUCAGAUCUCAACCACCACCUUUGAAAGUGCCAUCACGCCGAGUGAGAGCAGCGGCUAUGACUCAGCAGACAUCGAGAGCCUGGUAGACCGAGAGAAAGAACUGGCUACAAAGUGCCUGCAGCUUCUCACCCACACUUUCAACCGAGAAUUCAACCAGGUACAUGGCAGCAUCAGUGACUGUAAGCUGUCUGCUAUCUCUCCAAUUGGACGGGAUCCCUCUGUGUCCAGCUUUAGCAGUUCUACCCUCACCCCCUCCUCCACAUGCCCCUCUCUGGUGGACUCAAGGAGCAACUCAAUAGAUCAGAAGACCCCAGAAGCCAAUUCUCGUGCCUCUAGUCCCUGCCAAGAAUUUGAACAGUUUCAGAUCGUCCCAACUGUGGAGACACCCUAUUUGGCCCGAGCAGGAAAAAAUGAAUUUCUCAAUCUUGUUCCAGACAUUGAAGAAGUUAGAGCAGGGUCAGUGGUAUCUAAGAAGGGAUACCUGCAUUUCAAGGAGCCACUUUCCAGCAACUGGGCUAAACAUUUCGUUGUGGUUCGUCGUCCUUAUGUCUUCAUCUAUAACAGUGACAAAGACCCAGUAGAACGUGGCAUCAUUAACUUGUCUACAGCACAGGUGGAGUACAGUGAGGACCAGCAGGCCAUGGUGAAGACACCUAAUACCUUUGCUGUAUGCACAAAGCACCGUGGGGUCCUUUUGCAAGCGCUCAAUGACAAAGACAUGAACGACUGGUUAUAUGCCUUUAACCCACUUCUGGCUGGCACAAUACGGUCAAAACUCUCUCGCAGAUGCCCGAGCCAGAUGAAAUACUAAGCUAUUCUGCUGAGCCUUGCUCGCCUUGGACAGAUAAAGAAAGUGUUACCUCUCAUUCUCUUUGUGAUUCUUAACGGUUAUUCUUGUCUGUAAUCUUGUGGCUUAACUACUCCUCCCUUUCAUCCAGCACUUCUCUAGCUCUCCUGUUCCCUAUCUCCAUGGUUCUGUACUCUUCUUUUUCUUGUGCUAAGACUUGUAGCAUGUGGCCUAAGAAAAGGGGAAAAAAACACUACACAUAUUCAUGCACACUCACAUUCACACACAAACCCUGAGGGUCCAGCAAAUCUCCAGAUUGUUUCCCAGUGUACUUCCGCUUCUUUUUGAAUGAUAGAUCCCCUUAUAAUCACUGUGUGUCUGUUGUCUCUGUGUAUCUCUGGUUUUCAGGGUAAUAUCAAUCUCUCUCUCUCUCUCUCUCUCUCUCUCUCUCUCUCUCUCUCUCUCUCCUCUCUCUCUCUCAUUCGGUUUAUGAUAAUACUACUUUUUCCUGGGUGGCUUAGAGACUAAGAGAGGAGACAUUUGGCAUGUCAGUCCUUGAGAAAAAAAUUUGCUUUUCCCUCCUUCUGUCUCUUUAUUUGGUGGCUAAUCCCUGCAUUUCCAUUCAGGGAAAGCACUGUGGGAAACUCAGAAAUAGGAUUUAUAUUCUCUAUCCAAACCAGGGCUUAGAGCAUGGAUUUAUAGAGAGGAAGAGACAGAAGGUCCUUUGUGAUAGGCCUGGACAGUGGCUGCUGUUGGCCCUUUGAGGCCAGGCUGCUACAAUGGAUUGGGCGGUGGGUCAUGAGGGUGAUCAUUAGAGGAUGGGCUAGAGUUGCUCACAGCAGAAUCCUGCAGACUUUCUCCUCCUCACUGGGAAGAAGGGUUUUGUCUUGGAGUUUCGCAACUCUGUUCUUAGCAUUUCCGAUGCUGGUCACACUGUUUGGAAUUAUGUGAUGUCAUGAACACAUUUCCCACAAGGGGGAGUCGGGGAGUGUUUGACUUCUGGGGAUAAACUGGAUCAAUGUUGAUAUGAGAGUGCUGAGUGCAACUUGUGAUUGUUGUAGCUCCCUUUGGUCAAAAAAUUGUAGCUUCUGCAUAAACUUUGAAGUCACCAUUGGAAUCCAGUGGCCAUUCCCAAUAAUGCUUGUCAUGGCAGGCUUUGUUUUCUGGAUGCCAGGAUUCAGUUACCACCACCAUUCCAAACAAAUCAGAAGACAACACUUAGGGAUGAGAAGGAGUGUCCUCAACUGUCUUGUGGUUUGCUGUUGGAUCCUGCCCUGCCCACCCCCCACUGUUUCCCAUGUGGUUUGGAAGUACCCCCUUAGAAAGAAGAAUUCCCUGCUCCCAGUUUCUGUGGCUUCUAACAAACCAGGUCAGGGUUCAAGAGACCAUCAGAAAAUCAUGCUCUUCCUUUACCUGCCAGUGUUACGGGACUGAGUAGAGCACAGAAAGGCCCUGGUUUGGAUCCUUCAGUUGCUUUCCAGUGACUUGGGGCUCAUUCAUGCUGCCAUUUACUGGUCUUGCCAGCCUGUUUCACCAUCACUCAGGCACCCAGGAAAGCAUCUGCUCACCUCCACUCUGGGAGGGUUCUUCACCUGAGGGUAAUGGUGGAAUGGAUUUCUUUCUGGUCAGGAGCUCAUUCACCACUGCAGAGCAGCCACUAGGGAGGUGUGUGGGUAUGCAGACCCUUGCUUCUGACCUCUCAGCGGGGCUUCUCUCUGAAGAACAGGACUCCCAGCUCUGUUUGUUACUGUUGCCUUGCAAAGAAAAGGAAAAGUGGACCAUGGAGAAAAGAAAGGGCAAAAAUCAGACUUUUUAUCUAAAAAAUUGAUCAACAAAUACUUUGGUGGGUUUUUAAAACUUCCUUUCUCUCUUUAAAGCAUAGGUCACUAACUGUAAUGUUACUUGUUUUCUAAGCAUAUGUAUGAGAUUUUUAAUGUAGUUAGAAGUCUCUGUUGUCUAAUGAACACAACAUGCCCCUCUGGUGUAUACUCAAAUCCAGCAGGCUCUGUCUGUGCUUGAAGACAGCUUCCUGGACCAGAACGAAAUCUAAUUUCAGGGAAAUGAAGAGAAAAGGUGACUUUUCAAUGGAAUCACUGAUGUUGCUGCUGUUACGCAGUUGGAUGGGUCCGUGUCUGUGGUGAGAGGUGUGAAGCCUGAGGGAGAGUGGAUUGUUCACGCACUAAACCCUGCAAUGACUUGUGUUUUCUUAACUCUAACAAAACUGGUUUAGAAAGUCUUUGCUUUGCAAAUAUCAAAUGUUAGAGUGAGCCAAACUGGACCGCCCCUUCACGUAUGCCCAGAUAAGGCAGCCUCAUUAGGAGACCGGGAAAAGUGGGAUUGGAACUGGGGCACAUGUGUUUCUCUCUGCCACUGGUGGUGCCCCUCUUUCUGUAGGCCCAUGCUCAGAUUGGAAUCUGAGCAGUUGGGCAUGGAUGUUCCAUUUCCAGACAAGCUCACCUCUGCUUUGAAGCUUUGAAAAAGGAAGGACCUAUGUGGGAGAUUUUUGUGGUUGCCAUGGUAGCAGGAAAGUUAAGACAACUAGACUUUAAGGAAACUACCUUUAUUUAUAUAUAUAUAAUUUUCAAAGCACUCUUUUAAACAAAAAACCUAGAAUAAAAACCUACAAAUUACAGAAAGUGAAUGCUGGUUAAAAUUAAUCAUCCUCCCUCUUCCUUUAUUUCUCCUCCUUCCUCCCAAGCAAAUAGAGCCUCAUAACUAACCCUGACCAGUGCUCAGGCCUUGCCUGCUUCUGGGAGACUACCCUGGGAGUCAGCCAGCUCUCAGGCCCAGACUGUGCGGGCCAGGCAGUCCUUGCACAAGGUUAGGCAGGAGCACAGGCCAGGCUGCUUCCGAGCAGCCCCUGAACCCAUCCGUGAAUGAGAAACUUGAGGGGAGUGCUGAAGGUCCAUCAGCCAAGAAACCAUUCCUUUUUCUCCUUCAGCUGCGUGGAUCUAUAUAUCUAUUCAUUUUCAAGAUUUUUCAUCUUGUUUAGAUGAAAGAAUGAAGGAUGAUUGUGAAAGGUCUUUGAGGUCUAAAAACAGGUGAUUCCUGGAAUGUAUUUCAAAGCAUAGACUUUGUUACCUGCUGCUGCUUGUCUAAUUUACAGGGAGAUUUAAUUUUGUAAGGUGUUUGUAUAUUUAUACAGCUGUAAUGAAUUGCACAUUGGACUGAUGGGAUGAUUCUGCACUGGGUGGCGCCUGUUGGGACUCUUGCAGUCCCUCGUGGGUGCUGUGCUCUGGCUCUCCUGAACAAUACCAGGGCUGGGUGUUCAUUUGGCAUGGGUCCUUCACUUUUCAUUUGGGUUCCUUUUUGAAAUUGUAAUCUUUAACUUGCUCUAUGAGAAGAAAAGAAUAAUUAUGUUGCUGCUCUUAGAAGGUCUGCUGAAUGCAUUUGAAUUAAACUCUGGCGCUGUGAAGUGCAGCCAUCUGCCAUAACCAGUGAUCCGCCAAGAGUGGGUAAGACCAUGACUGUGGAGCAAGUCAGAGAUCAUCAGCUGAGAGAUUAUUGCUGUUACUGUUCAAAAGGCCAUUUAUGAAGUAGGUAUUUGAGCUCUAUAAAAUCUUGAGAGACCCUAAUUACUUCAAGAAAUUAAGAGUUGAUACAGAACUGGUGUUAAAAACACCAGAGGUUACAACUAGAGGUUAGGGGUGCAGCUUAGUGAUAGAGCACUUGGCAGUUGUGUGAUGCCUUUGGUUCAGUCCCCAGUGCCGCAAAGCAGAGACAAAAAGCCUCCUGGUAGAUAGCUGCUCAGACAGAAAGUCCAGGCCGAGGUUGGUCUCAUGCCAAACCCUGGAUGUUACACGUUGCUUGUCGUGUCUUUAAUUGGGUGUUUGUUUUUUUUUUCUCCAUGCUGUGUAUUCUGGCAUCAGUUCUCCCAAGGAAUCCACCAGCCUUCUCAUGGUUACACAUUGUCUUAGACUUUGUGGCUCUAAAGUACUUGUCUGUUGAGAGCCAAGUCUCUCAUCACCAUCCCCAUGCUGUGACAGAACCCAUGAAGCAUAAGUGGCCUUUUUGAACCAAGACUUUGCAAACUGAUCUCUCCCCAGUGAAGGAGUUGAGCACAAGCAACAAUGUACAUUAUUAAUUUUGGAUUUCAUUUUCAUGUUUUAUUUUGUAAAUAUCUGAUGUUUGGAGCUUGAGUAUACAAAAUGUAAAUACAGUUCUUGUAUUUGUACUAAUCCUGAUUCUUUUGCUGUAUAGCCUUAGAUGUGUAAUGCAGACAUUAUCUAACUGUGUAUUGUAACCUUGCAUCACAGAACUGCUAGUGAACGAGGUAAAAUUAAUAAAGGUACAACCAGUGCAUCAA